CCAUUUGCCAGUUUCUAAAUUUGUCCUGUCUUCCUCCAGUGAAAAAAUCACCUCUCCUUCGCUUCUCUCUCUAAAAGUUCAGUGUCUCUCUCUCGCUCUAAACAAAUAGGAGUGCACAAUCUCAUGGCGAAGCGGCCUUCCAGUUCCUCUUCUCUCUGGUUCUCUCCUCUCUCGUCUCUGUUCCUUCCUAGAGGUGACACACUCUGCUACAUUAUAGCCCUCCUCUCCAUUUUCUCUCUCCUCAUCCACCACCUCGCUCUCUCCUCCGUCGCCGCCGCCGACUCACACUUCGAAGGCUUCGACGCCGACGAUGACGAAACUCUAGAUGACGACUCGCUCCAACUCACCGAUCUCCCUCUCCGAUCACCUCCACCGCCAAUUCUCACUCAGUCCGAUCCCGAGUCCCACCAUGGCCCACCUGAUACCAGCACUCCAUCACCAAACCCACAAACGACAGAUUCAUCUCAGUCGUCUGAUCUUCCUCCGAAACCCUCGUCGGCCUCCUUCGAUUACUGGGACGAAGAUGAAUUCGAAGGCAUCCCUGUUGAAACAAUCCCAAAAACCACAAAAUCUGAUGAAAAUAAUGCCACUUUCGUUGAUUCCAAUUCUGAUUCGAAAACGAUUUCGAACCCUAAGAAUGUUGAUGUUUCGCGAUCGUUUACUGUCGAGAUUGUGUGUGGUUCGUUUCUGAUUAUGUUUGCAAUCAAUUACUUUACGGGUAGGAGAGAGAAUGAGAACAUUGCAUUGUCUUGGGCGGCGAAAUUCGCCACCAAAGACUCCAUUUUCGACAAGAAUUUUAGUCUGUUGGGCGUCGGCGUAGGCGAUGACUCGCCAUUGUUGUUGAAAGAAGGACAGACUGUGUUCAAAUUCUAUGCAAGUGGAAGGAGAUUUUGUCAGGGUUUGCUGGCAACAAUGGAGCUAAAGAGUCGGCACGAUUUGAUAGCUAGAUUGUACAAUAUGGUCGUACCGUGUAGGGAUGAGAUUACAUUCGAGGUUUCUAUGAAUGAUGAUGCAAUGGAUCAGGUGGUUUUCGCUCUAGCAAAGAAGAAGCCGGCGAAAACUAUGCAAAAGGAGCUUAGGGAUCUUCAGAGAUUUGCUAGUUUGGUAUCACCACCGAGCAGUAGGAAAUGGGUGGCUGAUGAUUUUGGGGUUGUUUCGGAAUCGAAGGAGGUGGCAGGGGAUUUGAUCACAGAAGCUGUGCUUGAUCAGGUCUUUGGUGAUAAAGCUUUGGAGAAAUUUGGCAAGGGUUUCAUCUCAAUGCAUUUCUCUGAUCAAUUCUUGGGUAAACACAAGAAAAUGUUGAUGUUCAAGUUUGCCCUCCCCGAUGUCAAUCAUAUGGCUGACAUGACUCGAUUGGUGGCUCUUGUACCCUAUUACAUUGAUUUAAUUGGACGAUACAAGCUCAGUUCACAGGCUCGAUCUAAAACAGAAGCUGCUAGAUUGAAGGCUGCCCAGGAGGCAUACAAAGAAUAUCAAAAUGCUAGACAAGAAGCCUUGCAGAAAAAAAAGGCUGAGCGCAGGAAAAUGAUGGAGGCUGAGGCAAAGCUCAGUGCAGAGGCUAUUCGCAAGAAAGAGGCGAGAGAGCGUGCUCGCCAGAUGAAGAAGGCGGCGGCAAGAGUGAAGAUGACCCGAGCUCCCUAGAUGUGCAACUUCUUAGAUUGUUCUGAAAUUUCUAGUUGCUUCCCUGCUCUUCCCAGAAAAAUAUUCUGUACCUUCACGGCUGUCUAUCUUAGUUCUUCACGAUAGAUUGUUUGCAAAACAUCACCACGUGGUCAUUGUUUUGGAUGAUGCAUUCCAAUUCGAUGCUUAAGGAACUUCUAUAGGCUCCCUUUGUGACAUUUAACUGCAUUAGGGGACAUUUUCCUGAAACUAAUUGCUAAUGUAGCCAAUUUGGGCGAUUUUAUUGUAGUUCAAUUAAAUGAUGAAUAGAAGCUCUUUUGCUGAUA